UAGUAACAAAACAUUAGAAUUGACCAGUUCUUUUUGUCAUUAAAAGAGAAGAAUGAUAAAGAGAGUAUUUAAAACCAUACUUUUAUAUGUAUUAAAAAUAACUUCAUAAAUCAUGAAUCAAAGUUUGUUAGAGAAAUUUGUACAUAACUAUGAGUUAAAAUUAAAAGAAGUGUAUAGAAACUGUGAUACAUAUCGCCUUACUGAGUAUAAUGCAGCAGUCAAAAUCCAAGCAUGGUUUCGUGGUAUUCGAAUACGGUGCUACUUAAAACUUCUCGAAAAAUGUACAAUCAUCAUUCAAAAAACUUGGAGAGGCUAUCUAGGCCGUAAACAAUAUCGACUUAUAUUAUCUAAAACUGUUAUAGAAUAUCGACGAAAUAAAUUUAGUAAGGCUGCAGCAAAAAUUCAAAGUGCAUGGAAAGGUUAUUUAACCCGUAAAUAUAUAUUCAACUUUUAUUCACGUAAAGUUUAUCUAUCUGCACUAGUUGAUGUAGGGGAAUUUGUCAAAAAUCAAUUGUCUGAAUAUGAAAAAGAAAUGAAAUAUUUGGAAUGUAAAGAAAAGCAAGAAAAAGAACGGGACAGAAUAAUUAAUUGGGCAAAAUCACACCAUUUUCUGGUUUCAACAUGUUGUCAACCAGGAAUAUAUAAAAAUCCAAUGGAUAAAACAAUAAAUGACAAAGAGAAGCUUCUAUUAUCAGUAGUUCGUCAAGAAUUAAUUAAAACUAACAAUAAACAAGAAAAGAAAUCGUCGAUAAAACAAACAUUCCAUCAAAUGAAUUCAAUGAAUAAAGAAUUGCCAAAAAUUAAAGGCCCAUUUAAAAAUCCAGAAGAAGUGAAAAAAUGGAUAAAUAAACCAAUAAAUUUAUCAUUACGUGUAUCAACAGAUUAUUUUUCAUUAGAAAAAUCUCAACAAAUUUGGAAAUCUAAAGAAUGGAGUAAUAGAUUACAUGAUAAUAAUUUCUACACUGGUCAUCCACCAUCAACACCAUAUGAACGUUCAUUAUGGACAACAUCUGUGUACGGUUCAAUACCAUAUGGUACAAAACAUUUUCGUGCAUCAGAAGAUGAAAAUAAUUCAGCAAUACAUAAACAACCAAAAUUUCGUAAUAUAUUACCACCGAUUCCAUUAUUUGAUAAAUUUAAUAGAGAGUACAUACCAGGUUAUGCAACAGGAUGA